ACAGCAGUUUUUUAGUUAUAUCUAACGAAAUAUUGUAAAUAAAAUAAACGAGCAAAUAUAUUAUUUCGAAGUUUAGUUGAUUGUGUAAACAUACCAGUGUAAAAUGUAGAUAAGGAAAGGCUUUAGUGGUGUAGAACCUUAUCAAUAUUAUCAUUUGUAAAAAGUAACCUUUGUACUGUACUAAAGAAUGUUUAGUUUUAAUCUUAGCCUUUCGUUUAUUGUGGUAUUGCUAUCAUUACUCCUAUCUUAUGUCUUUGUCGCGUUGAACAAUAAUUCAGAUAUCGGAAUGGGAAAAAAUGGUUUAUUGUUUGUGUCGAAUGCUGCAAAAGCGCACAAUUAUUGCUUGAAGGCCUCACAGUUUGUUCAAAGAGUGCUGUACAUAAAAAUAAAUGAGAAUUCUCUUAACACCUUACCAGUUCUUAGUAGCCAGAUAUCUAAUAUUUAUACAAGGACAUCUUCAUAUUCCAAAUUGGAUGUACGGCUGAUAAUUAAACCUGUGGAUAGAGUUAAAAAUAUUAGGACAUACUAUCCCAUAGACCUAGUACUCUAUGAUAAUGAGCUAUCCUCAGAGAUUGAAAAGCUGAAGAUAUCAGCGGAGAGCCUUAAGACUGACUAUCGGAUACAAAGUAUUGAACAAGAUGGCGAAUUUGAAACUGUAAACGAAGAGCCUGUAAAGCAAUAUGAGUAUGUUGCACUGGGUGGCACAUUUGACCGGCUCCACAAUGGGCACAAAAUACUGCUGUCACAGGCUGUGCUGCGCUCGACUAAGCAUGUCACUGUUGGGGUUACCGAUGUUAACAUGAUUCAGUAUAAACGUUUUAUUACAGCCAAAAAGCUCUUUGAAUUGAUAGAACCGACGGAAACGAGAAUCAAAGCUGUGUUAGAUUUCCUUACUGAUAUAAAUCCCGACCUAGAGUACAAUGUGCUACCCAUACAUGAUUUGUAUGGACCCACCAAAGAUGACCCUAAAUUUCAGCUAAUAGUAGUAAGCGAAGAAACCCAACGCGGCGCAGAAAAAAUCAACGAAAAGCGAAAUGAGAACGGUCUGCCAUUAUUAGACACUUACGUCAUCGGCCUCGCACAGGACUCGAGUCCGCAGCGCUCUCACGAGGAGGAAGAGAAAGUGAGCUCUAGUAACCAGCGGAUGCGGUUACUGGGCACCAUGCUGAGGCCGCCUGUAGAUAACAACAAUAUACCCGCGUGGCCUUACGUGAUCGGACUGGCUGGUGGCAUCGCCAGCGGAAAAAGUAAUAUUGCUGAGAAAUUAAGGUUAAAAGGCGCCGCCAUUGUGAACUGCGACCUGAUAGCUCAUGACUUGUACAAGCCAGGGCUUCCGCUGAAUCAGACCGUGGCCGAUGCCUUCGGGAGAGACAUUAUCACGGACAGCGGCGAGGUGGACAGGCGGAAACUGGGGCAGAUCGUAUUUAGUGAUAAGGAGCAAUUAGAAAAGUUAAACCAACUGGUAUGGCCAGCGGUGAUCGAGGAGGCCCAGAGAAGGGUUCGGGCUCUCGGGCAGGAAGGGUACAGGGUGGUGGUGAUAGAGGCGGCCGUGAUGGUGCGCGCCAAGUGGUACAACCAGUGCCAUCAGCUGUGGGCCGUCAUCAUACCGCCAGAAGAGGCAAUCAAAAGGCUACAAGAGCGCAACGGCCUCACAGAAGAAGAAGCGAGACAACGCAUAGAAUCCCAGCCUUCAAACCAAGAGCAAGUGUCGCUAGCUAACAUAGUCUUCAGUCCGUAUUGGAGCUACGAGUACACGCAGAUGCAGAUCGAUCGCGCAUGGCAACAUUUACAGGAGUUAUUGGACAGCAGAAAGUGUAACUGCUAGAGUCGGACCAAGAAAAGUCUGCA